GUGGUGGUCGCAGCGGUGGUCGCGAUGGGGAAGUCGGAUUUUCUUACUCCCAAGGCCAUCGCCAACAGAAUCAAAUCCAAGGGGCUUCAGAAGUUGCGCUGGUACUGCCAGAUGUGCCAGAAGCAGUGUCGGGACGAGAAUGGCUUCAAGUGCCAUUGUACGUCCGAGUCUCAUCAGAGACAGCUGUUGCUGGCUUCAGAGAACCCUCAGCGGUUUAUGGAUUAUUUCUCAGAGGAGUUCAGAAACGACUUUCUGGAACUUCUCAGGAGACGCUUUGGUACGAAGAGAGUGCACAACAACAUGGUCUACAACGAGUACAUCAGCCACCGCGAGCACAUCCACAUGAACGCCACUCGGUGGGAAACGCUGACCGACUUUACCAAGUGGCUGGGCAGGGAAGGCCUGUGCAAAGUGGACGAGACGCCCAAGGGCUGGUACAUCCAGUACAUAGACAGGGCCCCGGAGACUAUUCGGCAGCAGCUGGAGCGCCAGAGGAAGAAGAAGGCGGACCUCGACGACGAGGAAAAAAUGGCCAAGUUUAUUGAAGAGCAAGUGAGACGAGGUCUGGAAGGGAAAGAGCAGGAGGCCCCUGUUUUCACGGAAUUAAGCAGAGAAAAGGAUGAAGAGAAAGUUACAUUUAAUCUGAAUAAAGGAGCAUGUGGUUCAGCAGGAACAUCUCCCAAAUCAAGUUUCUUGGGGCCCAGUGCCCUGAAAGCCCUGGGGAGUGUAGCCUCGGUUAAGCGAAAAGACUCCUCUGCGAGCUCAGCUCAGGCUAAAAAGAAAAAGAAAUCUGCACUGGAUGAAAUCAUGGAGAUUGAAGAGGAAAAGAAAAGAACGUCCCGUACUGACCACUGGCUGCAGCCCGAAAUUAUUGUAAAGAUUAUAACCAAAAAUGUUGGGGAUAAAUAUCAUAAGAAAAAGGGUAUUGUCAAGGAAGUAAUUGACAAGUCUACAGCUGUUGUAAAGAUGAUUGAUUCUGGAGAUAAGCUGAAACUUGACCAGACUCAUUUAGAGACAGUAAUUCCGGCACCAGGAAAAAGAAUUCUGGUUUUAAAUGGGGGCUACCGAGGCAAUGAAGCCACCCUGGAAUCCAUCAAUGAGAAGACCUUUUCAGCCACCAUCACUAUUGAAACUGGGCCUUUAAAAGGACGGAGAGUUGAAGGAAUUCUAUAUGAAGACAUAUCUAAACUUGCCUGAUUGAAAAUUUGUUAACACACUAAAAUAAUUCUAAAGCAUCAAAUUGAUGUUUGCCAAUGCAUUGUGAGAC